AUUAAUAAUAGAAUAUACACGAAUUUCAAAUCCAAGAUGGGUCAGAAGAGGAGCUCUAGUGGGCAGUCAUUUCCGUUGCUGCUGCUGAUUAUUUUUGUGGCCUUUGUUCAUUUAACUGUCUGUCCUUUUACAAAAGUAGAGGAAAGCUUUAACCUACAAGCUAUCCAUGAUGUGGUGUACCACCAGUUGGACUUGGACAAGUAUGACCAUCAUGAAUUUCCUGGAGUUGUCCCAAGAACGUUCCUUGGACCAAUUUUUAUUGCUGCUCUUUCCAGCCCAGCUAUAUAUGUACUUUCUGUGCUAAGAAUGUCCAAGUUUUACUCCCAGCUGAUAGUCCGAGGAAGCUUGGGGCUCAGUGUGAUUUAUGCAUUAUGGAAGUUGCAGAAAGAAGUUAGGAAGCAGUUCGGAGCAACUACAUCAACAAUCUUCUGUCUCAUCACUGUUACUCAGUUUCAUUUGAUGUUUUACUGUACACGAACUCUCCCUAAUGUAUUUGCACUUCCUUUUGUGCUCCUGGCAUUGACAUUUUGGAUACAGCAAAAGCAAAGGCCAUUCAUUUGGUUCUCAGCUUUGGCAAUUAUAGUCUUCAGAUCAGAGCUCUGCAUAUUCUUAGGCCUCAUGCUCCUGGUGACGUUAUUAACUAAAAGAGUCUCCAUUUUCAAGGUGCUUUCCCAUGCUGUUCCUGCUGGAAUUUUUUGGUUGGGGCUAACAGUUGCUGUGGAUUCUCUGUUUUGGAGGCAACUUGUGUGGCCUGAGGGGAAAGUGCUCUGGUAUAACACGAUUUUAAACAAAAGUUCCAACUGGGGAACCUCCCCCUUCUUGUGGUAUUUCUAUUCAGCCCUGCCUCGUGCUUUGGGAUGCAGCAUUAUAUUUGUACCUUUGGGUGUAGCAGAAAAGAGAACUCGGAUAUUACUUUUGCCAGCACUAGGCUUUAUUUUCUUGUAUUCAUUUCUCCCACACAAAGAACUGCGUUUUAUCAUAUAUACUUUCCCUGUGUUCAACAUAGUGGCUGCUAAAAUGUGCUCACGAAUUUUGAAUAACUACCGGAAAUCCUGGCUGUACAAACUUGGAUAUUUCUUUGUUGUAAUGCACCUUCUAGUCAAUGCAGCUUAUUCAGGAACGUCUUUAUAUGUUUCACAUUUCAAUUAUCCUGGAGGAGUGGCUAUUCAGAAGUUGCAUGAAUUGGUACCUUCAACAGCAGAUGUCUCUGUUCAUAUUGAUGUGGCUGCAGCACAAACAGGGGUUUCUCGGUUUCUAGAAAUCAAUUCAGAUUGGAGGUAUGACAAAAGAGAAGAUGUUAAACCAGGAGACCAGCUGAUGUUUUCUUACACACACAUACUGAUGGAAACAAAUCCUCUUCAAAUAUCACAUUACAAGACAACACACAGGCCACUGGCAAAUAUACCUGGCAUCAGUAAAAUUGGGUUGAACCUUACUGCACUACCUCCUUUUACUUUAAACUUGAAACCAAAAUUAGUACUGUUGGAAAAACUUCCGUUAUCAUCUUGACUGCGAUUUUAAGUCUUUUGAUGUAAUUUUGCUGAUGACUGAAUAAUCCAACACAGCAGUGAAUUAUCAUUCCAACACUGCAAUUCAGCUUUUUUGGAAAAGGCACGGAAAAUCUUUUUACCAAUUGGUAUUUAUCUCCGUCCUGUUUCUUACAUGUUACAGUGCAUUCCUAGUCAGUAUAUACUUGAAUACUGAGUUGUAUUGUUAGAUAUGUUUAAGAGAAGCUACCUACAAGUUUAGUGGUGAUAAGUAAAACCUGUCUACUUGCUUUGGGUAGCUGUCUGUUUCAUAAUGUAGCACAGGUAUGUCCUAAUUGUCCUAUAUAAGAUACAUAAUGGAACAGGUUUGUGCUAUGGCAAUAAUUUGAUAUGUAACCUAUAUGUGCAAAAAUGUAUUACUUGAUGUACCUGCAGGAUUGUAACCCCUUCAUUUGUCAAGACUGCCUGUAUGAAAAUAAAAAGUUAUCAGCAUAGGAAAGCCAUAUUUGUUGUAGCUUCAUCACAAUGCCUAAGUGUGCCCUGUAGGCUACCAAACUCAUUAAAGUGAAAGAUUCAUUUAAAAAGCAGUUGGACCUCUUGACAACCACUGUCUUAUAACCACUCUUUAAUACACAAAUCUGUUAUCUUUAUGUCAGUGGUUCAUGAAUAAGCAGCAACUUGAAUUUCACAGGAAAAGGAAUUUUUAAUGCUU